UGAUCACAGCACCCCACACACAGUGACGUUGCUGAAUACAAAGUGACACUUUCCAUCCGUGAACUCUAUGGGCUCAUAGUUUCAUAGUGGAGAUGGCAUUUUAUUUAUUUAGCUCAUAACGUAGCAACAUGCUUUAUUUUUCAAUAAGUGUACCUUGAAACAAUAACAACAAAGCCAGUGGAAUUGUUUAACAUUUGUCAUGGAAAUAGAAAGCCGGACAGAAAGUGCUACAGACUCUCCAACAGCAAUGGAAGAGGAAACAGAAAGAAACGAGCAUCUAAAUUCAUAUACAUGUCAGGGAGCUAACAAAGAAGGUGCAAACAAAGAUGGCGGGGAACAGCAAGAGAAGAGUCCCUCUGAAACAGUCAGUAAGUGGAAGAAGCUGCAAACCUGGAGAAAACUGCUCACUCAGCAGUCUUCAACAGACUCGGAGCAUAGGAGGUGGCGAGGCAACACUAUGAACUCUCAGACUUCCACUACUUCACACAUGUCACAGACAGAGAAGUUCGAUGGAGAAGGUUUUAUUGUGAAGAAGCCUAUACUGAAGCGUGCUGUGUCAACGCCCACUGGAGUAUUCAAAUGGACAAGCAAUGAACCCCAGACACCAGAACAGCCUUACAGUGCAGCCCGAACUGCAGCCAUUAGGAAGUAUAUCCAUUCCAUUUCACAGCGACUGUCCAAGAAACAUCACUGUAAACAAGGGGAGCAUCAAAAUACUGAAGGUGUAACUAUAACUUCUCCAAAUAUGCCUUUACCUUCCGCAGCUGAAUGUGCUGUGUGGGACAUCACAAACUUCACCCUUCAGGAUGGACAGCUUUUGUUAACACCAAAGCAUGAGGAGUAUUCAUACAGAGACCAAACCCAUGAUGGUAGAUGCAUGAACAGAAAUGGCAUUCAGCCACUGGCCAACAGACGAUCUAAUACUGAUGUUGACUCUGACACUCAGGAUUCCUCUGCUUCAAAGACACUAGGUAAAAAUGUGGAUCAAGAACCUGUGUCUCCAUCCCAAUAUAAUAAUGCUAAGGGUUUAAUCUGGAAGAAAUUUAAUUCAAAAAAAGCAAAGACAACAUCUGGUACGCAACUUGCACCAACAUCUACUGAAGGUGAAAGGAAGAACCCCACUCUUCAUGGAUCUCAUGAGUCUCUUGUAAGCCCAAUAAGUGCAGUUGAAGAGCUGGACCUCAACAAUGAGAAAGAUGUUAUCAUCCGAGCUGUGCACAGCAGUAUUCUGGGAGAGAAAUAUUGCUUUGAGAUAAUUAAAUCUGAGGGAAGUCAAUGUUUUGGUUGUUCAUCAACAACAGAAAGAGAUGCUUGGAUUGAAAAGUUAAGAAGAGCUGUGCAACCCAACAAGGAUAACUGUGAACGAAUAGAAAAUAUGCUGAGUCUCUGGGUUACGGAAGCCAAAGAUCUGACUCCAAAGAGGAAGUAUUUCUGUGAAAUUCACUUGGAUGGCUCCCUCUAUGCUCGUACUACAAGCAAGACCUGCAGUAACAGUAUGUUCUGGGGGGAGAACUUUGAGUUUGAUAACUUGCCAUCAGUGCAGGAAGUCACAGUUUAUAUUCUUAAGGAUGAGGACAAAAAAAAGAAAGAUGUGACUCCUGUGGGAAGUGUGACUAUUCCAACAUCUGAAGUAACUUGUCGUCAGCACUUGGAGAAGUGGUAUCCAGUUAGUGAUCCUGGACCUAACAAAGAGAAAGCUGUUACACCAUCCAUAAGAAUUAAGGCCCGCUAUCAGAAUGUAAAGGUUCGCCCUAUUGAACAAUACAAGGAGUUUGCUGAAUACAUUACCUUUCACUAUAAAGACUUAUGCAGUGACCUCGAACCAGCUAUAUCAGUCAAGUACAAAGAAGAGUUAGCAUGUGCUUUUGUUCAUGUGUUACAAAGCAUUGGGAAAGCAAAGGAUUUUGUCAUUGAUUUGGGAAUAGCUGAAGUUGACCGAUUUGAUGAAAAGGAGUCACUUAUCUUCAGGGAAAACACACUUGCUACCAAAGCUAUUGAGGAAUACAUGAAACUUGUUGGGCAAAAGUACCUCAUUGAAACAUUAGGACAGUUCAUUACUCAGCUGUAUGAAUCUGAUGACAGCUGUGAGGUUGAUGCCAGCAAAUGCCAACCAAACGACCUAUCAGACAAUCAAAACAAUCUCAGGCAAUGCUGCGAGGAAGUCUUUAAGAAGAUGACAGAGUCCUGUUAUGCAUUUCCAGAAGAGUUAAAUGCCAUCUUUGCUGCCUGGCAGGAGGAAUGCACCAUCCGUGACAAGAAAGAUAUUGCACAGCAGCUGAUUUCGUCCUCACUCUUCCUGCGGUUCCUUUGCCCAGCGAUUAAGUCACCAAGCCUUUUUAACCUCAUUCAAGAGUACCCGGAUGAGAAUACUUCACGGACACUUACGCUGAUUGCAAAAGUUAUACAAAACCUUGCCAAUUUUACCAUGUUUGGUGAAAAGGAAGAGUACAUGGCUUUUAUGAAUGAAUUUCUUGAGCACAACACAGAAACUAUGGCUCAGUUUCUACAGAACAUCUCCAAUGAGGACAAUGGCGUGAACAUGUCUAAUUAUGAUGGUUACAUUGAUUUAGCCCUGAAGUUUGCAAUUUUACAUUCACUGCUCUGUGAUGUCUUUACAGAACUGGAUCAGCAAACAAAAGACAACUUGGAGCCCCUAACAACCAUUCUGAAUGCCAUCAAAGAAGGAACACCUGUGCCAGUUUCAAUUGGGAGCGGAAACCACAUGAAAGUCAAUAAGCCUUGGGUCAAACCAACAUUUAUAGCACCCAAAAACCUGAGCAAACAUACUCCAGUUAUAUCAAUAUCUCUAACUAACAUACACAAAGCAAGGGAUGAAGGAGUAGCACAGUCAGGACGUACCAAAAUAAAUCCAAUAUCUCGAACUCAGAGUGUACCAGCGAACAGGAACGGACAUAGGACAAGGAGGUAUUAUAGCAAGGAAGAUUGCUCUGAACUGUCUGCAAGUAAGCAUGGCUAUGAUCCAAUCAUCACACUGCCAAGAAACAGGAGUCAGCAGAACCACAGGUCGCUGAAAACAUCCCAUUCACUGUCAGUAAGGCCUGGUGUCCCUUGGUUAAGAAACAGUUAUAAUUCUGAUGAAGGACUCAAGGAGUCAAAUGAAAAGAAUGAUCUGUUGCCAAUUGAACAGCAUGAAAAGGCAAUUGAGGAUUUGAAACAGCAGCUGGGUGAUUCACAGGCACGACAGCAGGGCCUGGAGCAGAAAAUGGAAGAGAUCGCUAAACAAAACCAAGCAUUACUAGAACACCUUACGGAGGUCCAAGCAAAUGAAAACUUGAUUAGGCAGGAGCUAGAAGAAAAGCUACUCCAGAUUCAAAAUAUUACAAGCAGGAUCCAUGAGCUUGAAGAGCAGCAGAAGAAACACGAAGAAAGAAUAACUGCUUCUCAAAAUACAGAAGAGAAAAUUGUGCGUUUGGAUACUCGUCUUUCAGAGAUCAUCAGUGUUAUAAACAAGAUACAAGAGAAUCAGGGUAAACAAGCCAGCCAAAAUGGGACUUGUUUCAACAUCCAGGAACAUACAAUAGAAAACGGAGAAGGUGGAAUUGAAUAGAUUCAGCAGCUCUUACAGCAAAUAACACAAACUGACUUCUUCACUUUGGAUACAUGCACUGUUCUACAGCUCUUGCAGGGACUAUUAUAACUAUGAGCAGUUCUUAAUUAUUUUCAAAUACCAAGUUUGUUUAAAGUUAUAGACAGUUCCAAGAAAGAAAAAAGAAUACAUACCUAGUACAGGAGUGAUUGUACUUUACAAGUGAAUUUCGAACUAAUACGCUAUUAACUUCGGACAUCCAAAAUAUGAAUCUUGUCUACCAGUGACUAGACCUCCUUACAGGGUCUAACAGAUGUCCUCACAAAGAUUUCAAGUGAUAAAGCUAGGAACCUGACCCAACAGCCAUGCUGUCAUAAAGUUUUAAUGUAAUUUUAAUUCUAUGAAUAGCUAGCUGCUAGUGAAUAACAAUUUUAAGCACAACCACACAGAACUGAUAUGCUAGCUGAUUCAGUUGCAGAGGUGAAGGACAGGAAAAUCUUUCACCCAUUUCCUGCUGGCUGUUAUUGUUUCUGCUGUGAGCAUUCCAUUCCCGUAGAGAUUGAGGAACAGACUAACUAUUGCAAUGACCUCUACCUUCUGGAAGGAAUUGACUCACAACCAUGUUGUACACGGAUUGCUUUCAUGAGAAAAGGCUGAGGGGAAGUGGGUUUAAGAGAACAAAUCCUGUAGCAUGCACAUCUGUUGUGUAGCACAUUUUGUUCUUAUACCCAAGAAACGUGAGGAAAUCUCAAUUCCAGUUGUUUUGAUAGUUUAAUAAAAACGUUUCUUGUUUAUGAAAAGGCAGGAAUUGAAUAAUUUAUGUAAUACUGCGUAGGUUAUAUGAUAUGUAGCAAUAUAUAUGAAAUAUGUUUAUGUUAAUAUA